CGGACAGCAUGACUCACAUAGCAAAAACCUUCUACGAUCUGCGUGCGACCACGCUGGAGGGGGAGUCGGUGGACUUCAACGUCUUCAGAGGGCGGGUGGUGUUAAUAGAAAACGUGGCGUCGCUUUGAGGGACCACCACGAGGGACUUCAGUCAGCUCAACCAGCUGCAGAGCAGAUAUCCUCACCGGCUGGUUGUCCUCGGCUUCCCCUGCAAUCAGUUCGGCUACCAGGAAAACUGCACUAAUGGGGAAAUCCUUAACUCGCUGAAACAUGUGCGUCCCGGAGAGGGAUUCCAGCCCAACUUCACGAUGUUUGAAAAAUGUGACGUAAACGGAUCAAACACCCACCCUGUCUUCGCCUAUCUUAAACAUAAAUUACCCUAUCCCGACGACGACUCGACCACCCUCAUCCAAGAUCCCAAAUUUCUCAUCUGGAGCCCCAUCAACAGGACAGACAUAUCGUGGAACUUUGAGAAGUUUCUUAUUGCGCCAGAAGGGGAACCUUUUAAACGGUACAGCAAAAAUUUCCAAACCAUCGAUAUUGAGCCCGACAUCCAACGUCUGUUGAAAUUAACAAAGAACUAAAUUAGCAGGAUAUUAAGCAGCAUGUUCGGUAAUCAUCUCGCUUAGUUUUACAGCAAAACGUCAGGUAGAACGAGACUGGAUGUUGUGAAGUAGCCUACAGUUGAAUGGUGGCAUUUUCCAUACAUUUGAGUUUUUACUACAUGAAGGUAUUAUUCUAAAAAGCCAAGGGAAUAAUACCUGAGGUCUUGUAAAUAUUCAGUAGUUGUGGAUCAUGCUAUUUCUUCAUGUAUCAUCAUUUUAAUUAAAAAUUAAU